UGGACGUUGGAGGUUGAGUUUAGUUUUAGGGAUUUUUAUUUCGUGACAUAUUUUGUUAGUUUUAGUUCGAAUUACGUUUAUUUGAACAAUACAAGUUUUGUGCAUCAUGAUUUAGAAGCACCUCGUUUUUAGUAUUCUUGUGAUUUGUUUUGCUAGUGAUUUGUUGUUUAUUUCAACAUAAUGAAGGUGGAACCAAACGCUUGGAGGCAACGCGCUGCAUUUAGCGUCGCAGGUUUCGCCGUCGUGCUAGCGGCGCUGUCGUGCGCGCGCGCAGCCAGCCCGCUCGGCAACUCAGAGCGGCCGGAGGCGUACUUCAACGGCAGUUCCUACAUCCGCCUCGCCAAGCCCAUCACACUCAAGCAGCUCGUCGGCCUCAGCUAUAGGACAUGUGUUGGCGGCGAGCUGUUCUCCCAACGUAACGAGGGCUACACGCUGCACGUGACGGCGCUGUUCGACCAGGUAGUGGUGUCGUGGCAGCGGCCCGGCGCCCCGCCCCCCGCGCCCCGCGAAGUCGCCUUGCCCCGCGAGACCCUCGACAACGCCUGGCACUGGCUCGCCCUGCGCUACCGACCCAACCCGCCCGCGUUGCUGCUAGAGCUCGACCACGAGACACAGGUGAUAUCGAACGUGACGUGGAACCCGGAGCUGCUGGCGCCGGGCGCGCUGGAGGCGGGCGGCGCGGUGGCGCUGGUGGGCUCCGUGUUUAGCGGCUGCGUGCGCGAGGGGCCGCAGCUCGAGUUCCACCCGCACCGCGUGCUCACCGCCACCGCGCGCUUCGGGCCCUGCCCCCUCUCCACUGACGAGUGUAAGGACAGAAAGGACGUCCUGAGAAUUCCGCCCAAAGACUUCUGCUACAACGAGCCGUGUCUGCGGCACGGCACGUGCAUAUCGCGACACGAUCGCUACGAGUGCCACUGCACGGCGCGCUACACCGGCAACAACUGCGAGGUGGACGCCGGCAGCCCGUGCGCGUCCCGGCCCUGCGCCAACGGCGGCCGCUGCGAGGAGGACGCGCGCGGCGACUACUCCUGCGACUGCCCGCCGCCCUUCCGCGGCGCGCGCUGCGAGCUGCAGGAUUCGCUCGACCCGCUUUGCGUGCCCAACCCCUGCCUCCACAACGGCUCGUGCUCGGUAUCGGGCGCGGGCUACGCGUGCGACUGCCCGCCCGGCUUCUCCGGCCGCGACUGCGAGGUGGACGCGGACGAGUGCGCGAGCGCGGAGGCGGCGGGCGCGUGCCUGCACGGCGGGCGGUGCGUGGACGGCGCGGGCGAGUUCACAUGCGACUGCGCCGGCACCGGCUACACCGGCCCGCGCUGCGAGACCAACGUGGACGAGUGCGAGGAGCGCGGCGUGUGCGGCCACGGCGUCUGCUACGACACGUACGGCGGCUUCGUCUGCGCCUGCCAGCCCGACUACAUCGGCGAGCGAUGCCAGCAGAAAUCGGCGUGCGCGUCGAGCCCGUGCGGUCUGUACGGCGUGUGCGUGGAGGAGGACGGCGGCAGCGGGUUCCGGUGCGUGUGCGCGCGCGGGCUGCAGCCGCCGCUGUGCCUGCCCCCCGCGCCCGCGCCGGCCCCGCCCGCCGCCGCGCCCGCCUCCGCCCCCGCCGCCGCCUGCGCCGACGUCGUGUGCCCACCGCACUCGCACUGUCGAGCAGGUGCACCGGCGGCCGUCACCGGUAUGAUGGUCACUAAGCAAGUGAUGUGCGUCUGCGACUUGGGAUACUAUGGAGCUCCUGGCUCGUCGCCGAACUGCUCGCUGGCGGAGGGGGCGUGCGCGGGGGGCGUGUGCCUCAAUGGCGCCACCUGCCGCGCCGCGCCCGCGCCGCCCGGCUUCGAGUGCGUGUGCGCACCGCCUUACAGAGGUACGUACUGCGAGUUGGGCGGAGGGGGCGGGACGGGCGGGUCGGGGCCGGCGGGCAAGGCGUUGUCGGAGCUGCGCGCGGAGCGGUGCGCUCAGCAGCCCUGCGUACACGCCACCGCUUGUCGCGAUACGCCGACCGGUUUCCGUUGCGAGUGUGCGGCGGGGUGGGCGGGCGCGCGGUGCGAGAUGCCUGAGGCGUGCGUGCGCGGCUGUAACGGCGGCACGUGCGGCGCCGCCGGCUGCGAGUGUCGCCCCGGCUUCGGCGGACCCGACUGCGAGCGCGCGCUUGACUGCCGCGCCGCACCGUGCCCGCCACGACAGGAGUGCGUGCAGGAGGCGGGGUCGUGGCGGUGCGCGGCGGCGGCGGCGGAGUCGGCGUGCGCGUCGUCGCCCUGUCACAACGGCACCUGUCUCGCGCUCGAGACCGGCCUGUUCCGGUGCAACUGCGCCCCCGGAUACACAGGAAGACUGUGCGAGGUGGACUUGGACGAGUGUGUGCUGACGCCGAAGAUAUGCAACCACGGGGUAUGCCUCAACGUGCCCGGCACCUACGAGUGUUACUGCAAGCCAGGCUACACGGGCGCCAGCUGCGACCAGGACAUAGACGAGUGCCUGUCGUCGCCGUGCAAGAACGGCGGCACCUGCCAGAACCUCGAGAACAACUACGAGUGUACUUGCGUUAACGGCUUCGAAGGUAAAGACUGCUCGGUGAAUAUCGACGAGUGCGCGUCGUCGCCGUGCGCGGCGGGCAGCACGUGCGUGGACGGCGUGGGCGGCUACAGCUGCGUGUGCCGCGGCGGCCUCACCGGCGCGCGCUGCGAGACCGACAUCGACGACUGCGAGUCCGCGCCCUGCCUGCACGGCGGCCGCUGCCGGGACCGCCUCGACGGCUACACCUGCGCCUGCGCCGGCACCGGCUACGAGGGCGCGCAGUGCGAGAUCGACGUCGACGAGUGCGCCUCCCACCCCUGCCGCAACGGCGGCACCUGCCUCGACGACGUCGCCGACUACCGCUGCGCCUGCCACCCCGCCUACACCGGCAAGAGCUGCGAGACCGACGUGGAGGAGUGCGAGAGCUCGCCGUGCAAGUACGGCGGCGUGUGCCUCGAGCGCUCCAACGCCAGCCUGUACGUGGCGGUGGACGCGGGCCCGGUGCGCGUGGGGCCGCAGCCGCAGCAGCUGCUUCCGGCCGCCUACUACGCGCCCUUCGACCCCGCCGCCGCCGCCGGCUUCGACUGCGUGUGCGUGCGUGGCACGGCGGGCGCGCGCUGCGAGCUCAACGUGGACGAGUGUGCGUCGGCGCCGUGCCGGCACGGCAAGUGCGUGGACGGCGUCGGCGGAUACGAGUGCGUGUGCGCCGCCGGCUUCGAGGGCGAGCACUGCGAGACCGAGAUCGACGAGUGCGAGCGGUACGAGCCGUGCGUGCGCGGCCGCUGCGUGGACGCGCGCGCCACCUACCUGUGCGAGUGCGAGGCGGGCUGGGGCGGGCGCAACUGCUCGGUGGAGCUGGCGGGCUGCCGCGGGGAGCCGUGCCGGAACGGCGGCACGUGCCUGCCGUGGCUGCGCGCCGAGACCGAGCACCGGUUCAACUGCUCGUGCGCGCCCGGCCACUACGGCACCACGUGCGACAAGAUCACGACAAUGUCGCUGGAGCGCAGUAGCUUCGCAGAGGUGAACACGUCGCGCGAAGAGGGCUACGACAUCUCGUUCCGCUUCAAGACGACGCUGGGCAGCGCGCUGCUGGCGAUGGGCCGCGGCCUCACCUACUUCUUCCUGGAGCUGUCGAACGGCCGGCUCAACCUGCACUCGAGCCUGCUCAACAAGUGGGAGGGCGUGUUCAUCGGCUCCAACCUGAACGACAGCCGCUGGCAGAAGGUGUUCGUGACGAUCAACGCGUCGCACCUGGUGCUGGCGGCCAACGAGGAGCAGACCAUCUACCCGAUCAGCCAGAACGAGGCGUACACGGCGCCCGUCACGUCGUUCCCGUCCACGCGGCUGGGCACGGCCGGCUCCUCCUUCGCCACGCUCACGCACGGUCCCAACUUCUUCGUCGGCUGCUUCCAGGACGUCGUCGUCAACGGACAGUGGGUGCUGCCGGAGGAUUCGAAUGCGACUGCUAUGACAGAGCGCGCGGACGGCGGGUCGGGCGGGUCGGGCGCGUCCGCCGAGACGGGCGAGGACGAGGAGGAGGCGGGCGCAGCGGGCGCGGCGGGCGGCGCGCGCACUUUGCUGCACGGCGUGCUGGCCUCGUGCCCGCGCAAGCCGCAGUGCUCGCCCAACCCCUGCCAGAGUGGCGGCGCGUGCGAGGACGCGUGGACGAGCUUCGUGUGCACGUGCCCGCGCCCCUACCUCGGCGACACGUGCCAGUACAACUACACGGCCGCCACGUUCGGGCACGAGGGCUCGCCGCGCGGCGCCGUCGCCGUGGCGGUGGCGGAGGCGGCGCGGCGCAGCGUGCGCGCGGCGCUCGACGUAUCCAUGUUCGUGCGCACGCGCAAGCCCACCGGCCAGAUCUUCUGGCUGGGCGGGGCGGGGCGCGACGAUGACACGGCGGUGGGCGCGGCGCUGGCGGGCGGCGAGCUCACCCUGCACCUGCGCUUCAACCAGACACCCGAGGACUACACCGUCGGCGGCACGCGCCUCGACAACGGCUACCCGCACCUCAUACAGGUGGUGCGCAACUCGACGCUGGUGCAGGUGAAACUGAACGGCACGGAAUACUUCCGCAAGCCCAUCUCGGCGGCCAAGCAGCUCGACGCCCAGGUGCUGUACCUGGGCGGGCCUCCGCCCUCGGAGCCGCCCGCCCCCCCAUCCGCCCCGCCCGCCCAGGGCGCCGCGCCCCCCGCCACUACCACUCCCCCGCCGGUCGACGACGACGCCGACUAUUUCAAGGGUGUUAUACAGGACGUACAGAUAUCGAACGGCGUGAACGUGAGCGUGGUGGAGUUCUUCCCGCUGCAGGCGGCGGGGGCGGCGGGACUGCGCGUGCCGCCGCAGUUCGGGGCGGUGACGCUGGGGCCGGGCGUGCUGGCGGGCGUGGUGUCGGACGACGCGUGCGCGUCCGCCCCCUGCCUGCACGCCGCCGCCUGCCGCGUCACGUGGAACGACUACGUGUGCGACUGCCCGCGCGGCUACAAGGGCAAGACGUGCGCGGAGGUGGAGUUCUGCCAGCUCCAGGGCUGUCCGCUCAACUCGCACUGCCGCAACCUUGAUCGAGGCUACGAGUGCGUGUCAAACGCGACGUUCGACGGCGCGAACACUACGCUGCGGUACGUGCUGCGCGCGCCGCUCACCGCCGCCGACGCGCCACCGCCGCCCACGUCCCUCACCAUCACAUACAGGACUAAGGUGGGAGGUACGUUAUUCCGCGCGGAGUCUGCGGCGGCGGAGGGGGCGGACGGGGCGGAGGGUGAGGUGGAGGGCGAGGGGGAGGGAGAGGGGUGGUGGUUCAGCGUGGGCGUGUACCGGGGCGUGGCGGCGCUGCGGUGGCGGCUGCGCGCGCUGCCCGAGCUGCGGCGGCUGCGCGUGCGCCGCGACUCCACAGACUGGACGACGCUGCGGCUGACGGUCGCGGACGGCCGCCUGACCGCCGCCUUCGUGGACGGCGACGGGCGUGAGGAGGUGGGGCUGACGGAGGAGUUCGACGUGCCCGCCUGGCAGCACCUCGUCACCGCCGGCGUGCUCACGUUGGGCGGCGGCCGCCCCGCCGCGCCCGCUCCCGCCCAUACAACCCCGCUGCCCAUGCCGUGGGAGAACUCGACGGAGCCCGUGUUCGAGUACUCCGAGGCCGACGAGCUGCUGGACGACAACCCCUCGGGAGAGUACUUCAAGGGCUGCAUGGGCGCGGUGCACGUGGGCGGGCUGCUGCUGCCGUACUUUACGGAGGAGCAGCUGUUCGUGGGCGCGGCGGCGGCGCUGCUGGCCGCGCAGCCGCACUACGCGCUCGCGGCCGGCGCCCCCUGGGGAGCCGCCGAGAACGUCGGCUGCGUGCUCUGCCUGGAGCACGAGUGCGAACGCGGCGCACGCUGCGAGGACGUGCGAGCCUCCUACGCCUGCGCCUGCCCGCCCGGCUUCGCCGGCGACCGCUGCCAACGUGACGUGGACGAGUGCCUCGCGCACGAGUGCCGGCACGGCGCCACCUGCCGCGACGGCGUCAACUCCUACACCUGCGAAUGCCCCGCUGGCUACGACGGCCGCCUGUGCGAGCGUGACGUCGACGAGUGCGAGUCCGCACCCUGCCUCAACGGCGGCUCGUGCGAGGACGGCCCCGGCCGCUUCGUCUGCGCCUGCCCCGACGGCUGGCACGGCGCGCGCUGCGAGCUGCCCGCGCGCCCCACGUGCGCGCACCGCCCCUGCGCCGCCGACGCCGAGUGCCGUGACGUGCCGGACCCGGCGAGCGGCAACAACUACACGUGCGUGUGCGGCCCAUCGCGAACGGGCGUGCACUGCGAGCUGGCGUUCUGCGAGGUGGCGGCGUGCGUGCACGGGGAGUGCAACCGUGCGGCGGCGGCGUGCGCGUGCGAGGAGGGGUGGGGGGGGCGGCGGUGCGAGGUGCAGCGCGACGCGUGCGGUGAGGCGGGCCCCGCCCCCUGCGAGCACGGCGGCAGCUGCGUGGCACGCGGCGCCGGCUACGACUGCGCCUGCCCGACAGGUUGGCACGGCGCGCGGUGUCAGACGGACGUGGACGAGUGCGCGGCGGGCGCGGUGUGCGGGCCCGGCGCCUGCGUCAACACGCCCGGAUCAUACAUAUGCGAGUGUCAGGAGGGAUGGUGCGGCGCGGGAUGCGCGCUGCCGGACCCGUGCGCGGCGGACAGCACGCCGUGCGACAACGGCGGCGCGUGCCGGCCGCGCUGCACCGACGUCCCCGACUACGAGUGCGAGUGCGCGGACGGCUGGGACGGACGCAACUGCACCGCGGCGGCGGCGGUGGGCGGAGCGCUGCGCACGCGCGUGCUGCUGGGCGCGGGCGCGGCGCUGCUGCUGCUGGCGCUCGGCGGCGCGGCGCUGGGCGCGCUGGCGGCGCAGGCGCGGCGCAAGCGGGCCACGCGCGGCACCUACUCGCCCUCCGGCCAGGAGUACUGCAACCCGCGCGCCGAGAUGAUGCACAACGCGCUCAAGCCGCCGCCCGAGGAGCGCCUCAUAUAGGCUCGUGUCGAUCGGGACCGGCGGCCGUUUUAUAGAAAGCGAUAUUGACCCGAGUGACGUUCGGGGCCGGAGAAUAUUUUACGUAGAGACGAGGAGAAGCAGUAAUCACAAAUCGUAGUGUGGAGUGACGCGGGCGGCGCCGGGAGCGCGCGCCCGCGUCGUGUAUAUAUAGCUCGACGGGUGCCUAAUCUUUUUAUAUUUGAAUGAAUUUUAUCGGGUUUCGCCGAGGUGUACCGUUUUGUAUUGUACGAUUUAUAUUUUAAGGAUUUUAUACUAUGACAUAAUUUUACGUGACCAAAAUCUAUAAUUAUGUAGAAGAGAUGACUAUAUCGUAGCCGUCCGGCGCCGCGAGAUAUGUUUAUAAUAAUUAUAGUACUUAAAUGAAAUGUAACUAUUAAAGACCCUGUAUUUUAAAGUAUGUACUAGUACGGCAACUCAUUUUAUAAUACUGCCGGUAGCGUCUCGCGGUGCGCCGGCGGAGUAUUGUAGUAUUAAGUAGCUCGUAAGUGUAAUUGAAAUGAAAGCGUGCAAGAUUCUAAAUUAGAGAUAAGUUCUGUCCCGCGCGCCGCCGCCUGUACAAAUACCGCUAACGCGCGGCGCGGGGCGCGGGGCGCAAGUGUACUUACCUAGACCAGCCCCCGGGCGACCCUAGCUGCUCAAUGUUACAUUCCUCCUUCUGUCCGACUGAGUUCCGCGGGUGUGAUAUUGACACUGUUUUUGUGAUAUUUUGGCGCGCUCCGCUCUUUGGAGUCGCGUUUUUCUACUGUGUAUUUAUGUGAAUGUAUUUAAUUUGUAUAUAGAUGGACUCGCGCUAGGUUAAGUAGUGUGCACGUAUGUGCGGCGGACGGCGCGUGCGUGCGUACAUGUGUGCGUGCGUGCGCGUCCGGCGCCGCGCGCAAUGUUACCGUCCACAGUGUGUAGUGUACUUGUACAAUUACGAUUGCACUCUGUUUAUGAAUUUACUUCGUGAUCGCAAUAAAAUAUUAACCAGAUAAA